AUGAACAACUUUAUGCUGUUCUGCUGUUCAUCAGUGGUGCUCUUCACAUGUGCACAAAGAACUCUUCCACCACCAUGUGACAGUGAAAUAUACUGCGCAGGGGAUAUCCUGCAUCAAGUACAAACAGCCAAACUGUUUGAUGAUGACAAGUAUUUUGUUGACAUGAAGCUGAGAGCAAACCCUGACAUUGUUUUGUCAGCUUUCCAUAAUCUCUCAAGUGUAUCACCCAACAUGACAGUCCCAUCCACCAAACUGCAAGAGUUCCUUGAUACAUACUUUGAAAAACCAGGGAAGGAAUUUGAGUCCUGGACACCACCAGACUGGCAUGACAAGCCCAAGUUUCUGGCAAAAAUAGCCGACCAAGAAUUGCACACCUGGGCUGAAAAGAUCCAUCAUCUGUGGAAGUCUCUGGGCAGAAAGAUUCGUGCCGAUGUUAAAGACCACCCACAGCUAUACUCACAGAUAUAUACCCCAUAUCCUGUCAUUGUGCCUGGGGGGCGCUUCAGGGAGCUCUACUAUUGGGACUCCUACUGGGUCAUCAACGGGCUGCUCCUGUCAGAGAUGACAGACACAGCCCACGGAAUGAUUCAGAACUUCCUCUACCUCGUCAACAGACAUGGCUUUAUUCCAAAUGGCGGGCGGAUUUACUAUGAGAGGCGCAGUCAGCCCCCAUUCCUCACUCUAAUGGUGGAGAGCUACUACGAAGCGACCAAGGAUAAAGAGUUCCUCAGAACAGCUUUGCCCGUCCUGGAGCAGGAGUACCAGUUUUGGAUGCAGAACCGUUCUGUCAGAGUACAAGCAAACGGAAAAGAGCAUAUCCUGAACUGGUACAACGUGCAGGUGGGCCUUCCCAGGCCUGAAUCCUACACAGAUGAUCUGGAGUUAGCUGAGGGCCUCUCAGAAGACCGCAGGGAGCAGCUGUGGGCAGAUCUGAAGGCGGGUGCAGAGUCCGGUUGGGACUUUUCAUCCCGCUGGUAUGUGGACGGCGAAGGCUCCAACAAUGGCUCCCUCAGAGACACCCGCACCAGUCACAUCCUGCCCACCGACCUCAACUCUCUGCUGUGUCGCAACGAGAAGAAACUCGCCUCCUUCCACAGGAUCCUGGGUGAUGGUGAUUCAGCUGCACUUUAUGACCAGGCUGCAGCCCGCAGACUGGAGGCGAUAGAGGCUGUGCUGUGGGAUGCUGAGAGGGGCGCCUGGUUUGACUACAACCUGGUGACGCAUUCCAGCCACUUUGAAUUUUACCCUUCCAACCUGGCACCCAUUUGGGCAGAGUGCUUUUCACAGCCUGCGAUGGGAGAGAAGGCGGUACAGUAUCUGAAGGACAGCGGUGCUCUCCGCUUCCCCAACGGAGUGCCGACGUCUCUGAGAGAGAGCGGGCAGCAGUGGGACUAUCCCAACGCGUGGCCCCCCCUGCAGCACAUGCUCAUCGACGGUUUAUCAAGACUGCCUUCAGAGAAUGCCAAACAAGUCGCGUUCGAUUUGGCCCAGAGGUGGAUCAAGACAAAUUGGAUGGCGUACGUCAAGUAUGAGGCGAUGUUUGAAAAAUAUGAUGUGAACGGAGAUGGCAGACCUGGAGGUGGAGGAGAAUAUGAAGUUCAGCUGGGCUUCGGCUGGACCAAUGGUGUGGCCCUACAGCUUCUGGACCAGUAUGGGGGGAGUCUCACCUCAGGAAGUAGCGGCGUGUCCUCUGGCUUCCUGUUGGUUGUGGUCUUCUCCGCCUGUCUCCUGUCCCCGUGAAACCGAAGGGGGUGAAUUUCAUUAUAACAAGCUCCACUGUACCACAUCCCAUCCUAUAUCUCUCAUUUUAGGAAUGCCAUCCCGCUUACAGACUUCAAUCAAAGACAAACUGUCGUUAGAUUUAAGAUUAAAUUGCAAGUUCUGUCAAAAUGUCUCAUAUUUUUACCUCACCUAACAGGAUCAGGAUUUUCAUCUUUAUUUGCAGAAUGGAACAGGAUAUGAAUUAACCUGACUGAGAACUCCUUUGAUGAAUAUUUCAGCGCUAAUGCUCAGAGGUAGAUGAUUUGCGGCGAUGUCAGGAGAUACAGAUCAUUUAGGCAAUCUUGGUUUCGCCCUCACUAAUGCAGCCUGUGAGAGCUCCAUGUUGCUUAAAUCACAACAUUAACUUGGGGCUGAUAUUGAACUGACAUCACAAACAGUAAUUCACUUAAUUCAAUUAUGGAGUUUAUUGCUGCGGCUUAACUUACAGUGAGUCUUUUCAUUUGCAUACAAACUGGAGAUUGAAUCUAAAAGCUUGUGAUAGAAUGUAAAUGUGCAACGACUGCAUUAAAGAUGCUUGAA